AUGACGAUAUCUGAAGACCAGACAGAACGUGCUUUGAAUACUGUUAAGAAUACACUCGAUGAAAUAAAAAACCGACCUCAUCGCCAACAAGUUGUUAUCGGUGUCGGAUCAGGACUACUUGCAGGUUAUAUAUUUACGAAAAUUGGUAGGGCAGCUGCUCUUCUUUUGGGUGGAAGUUUAAUUGCAUUACAGUGCUUCGUUCAACAAGAUGUUAUACAUAUUAAUUGGAGAAGUGCUAGCAACGAAAUACAGUCAAGUACACCUGCCAUCUUCGAAAACAAGCGUACAUUGAAAGAUAAGAUUCUUAAAACAAUUGAAGAGAAUCGUGUAUUUUUCGGUUCAUUCGGUGGUGGUUUCUUGAUUGCUGUUUCAGUUUACUAA